AUGGUUUUUUAUUACACUAGUUCUGACGGACAUCUUCUUUACAUGGGUAGAGACAAAUUUGAAAACGAAGAAUUAAUUAAAUACGGCUGGGAUGAAGAUAUUUGGUUCCACGUUGAUGAUUUAAGUUCUGCUCACGUUUACCUUAGAUUAAAUGAAGGUGAAGAGUGGACUAAUAUAGAUGAAAAGCUCAUUCAAGAAUGUUGCCAAUUAGUUAAAGAAAACAGUAUUCAAGGAAAAAAGAAAGAUAAGGUUGAUAUUGUUUAUACUCCUUGGAGUAAUUUGCAUAAGACAAAUAACAUGGAGGUUGGUGCUAUUGGUUUCCACAGCGAAAAUCUCAGAAAAAAAGUUAGAGAUAUUACAAGAGAUAAAGAUAUUGUGAAAGCAAUCAUAAAAACUGAAAGAGAAGAAGAAAAGCCUGAUUUCAGAGAUUUAAAGGAAAAGCACAUCCUUGAAUUAAAGAGAAAGAGAUUCAAAGAAUUUAAAGAAUAAUAAAAAAAGGAAGAUGAAGAAAAUAAAUAAAAAUUAUUAGAAAAGCAAUCUAAAAACUAUAAUUACUUGAACGAAAACAAAGAAAUGAUGACUUCUAAUAAAAAUGCUCCUGAUGAUGAUGAAGAUUUCAUAUGA